ACUUCGGAACUUCUCUAUAUACAUUUCUGUUCCGCUACCUCCAUCACAAUGCAGCGCGCUUUCGCAUCCAAGGCGCGGUCAUCCGUCCUCAACUCUAGCUCCAAGUUCAGGGCUACGAGCUUUAACCUCCAGCAACAGAGGUUCGCUCACAAGGAGCUCAAGUUCGGUGUUGAGGGUCGCGCAUCUCUCCUUAAAGGUGUUGACACACUCGCAAAGGCUGUAUCCACAACAUUGGGGCCCAAGGGCAGGAAUGUUCUCAUUGAGUCCAGCUAUGGCUCGCCCAAGAUCACAAAAGACGGUGUAACCGUCGCGAAGGCCAUUACUCUUCAGGACAAGUUUGAAAACCUCGGUGCUCGCCUCCUCCAGGACGUUGCUUCCAAGACCAACGAAGUUGCUGGUGACGGUACCACCACCGCCACCGUGCUUGCCCGCGCUAUCUUCUCCGAGACCGUCAAGAACGUCGCCGCUGGCUGCAACCCCAUGGAUUUGAGGCGAGGAACCCAGGCCGCUGUUGAGGCCGUCGUUGAAUACCUCCGUGCCAACAAGAAAGACAUCACCACUAGCGAGGAGAUCUCCCAGGUCGCUACCAUCUCUGCCAACGGUGACACUCACAUUGGAAAGCUCCUCUCCAACGCCAUGGAGAAGGUUGGCAAAGAGGGUGUCAUCACCGUCAAGGAGGGCAAGACCAUUGAUGAUGAGCUCGAGGUUACCGAGGGCAUGAAGUUUGACCGCGGAUUCAUUUCCCCUUACUUCAUUACCGACACCAAGGCCCAGAAGGUCGAGUUCGAAAAGCCCUUGAUCCUUUUGUCUGAGAAGAAGAUCUCCGCCGUCCAGGACAUCGUCCCUGCUCUUGAGGCUUCCCAGCAGCUCCGCCGUCCUUUGGUCAUCAUCGCCGAAGACAUUGACGGUGAGGCUCUCGCUGUCUGCAUUCUCAACAAGCUCCGCGGUCAGCUCCAGGUCGCAGCCGUCAAGGCUCCUGGCUUCGGUGACAACCGCAAGUCUAUCCUUGGCGAUCUCGCGGUCCUCACCAACGGUACCGUCUUCAGCGACGAUCUUGACAUCAAGCUCGAGAAGGCCACCGCUGAGAUGCUCGGCUCUACCGGUGCCAUCACCAUCACCAAGGAGGACACCGUCAUCCUCAACGGCGAGGGCAGCAAGGACGCUGUCACCCAGCGCUGCGAGCAGAUCCGUGGAGUCAUGGCCGACCCCACCACUUCCGAGUACGAGAAGGAGAAGCUCCAGGAGCGUCUUGCUAAGCUCUCCGGUGGUGUCGCCGUCAUCAAGGUCGGUGGUUCCUCCGAAGUCGAGGUUGGUGAGAAGAAGGACAGGAUCGUCGAUGCUUUGAACGCCACCCGUGCCGCCGUCGAGGAGGGUAUCCUGCCCGGUGGUGGAACUGGUCUUCUCAAGGCCGCUGUCAACGCUUUGGACAAGGUCAAGCCCGCCAACUUCGAUCAGCAGCUCGGUGUCAGCAUUGUCAAGAGCGCCAUCACCCGCCCUGCUCGCACAAUCGUGGAGAACGCUGGUGCCGAGGGUUCCGUCGUGGUUGGCAAGCUCAUGGAUGAGUUUGGCAGCGACUUCACCAAGGGAUUCAACAGCGCCAAGGGUGAAUACGUCGACAUGAUCGCCGCCGGUAUCCUUGAUCCCUUCAAGGUCGUCCGAACUGCCCUUGUUGACGCCAGCGGCGUUGCAUCUCUCCUCGGAACGACCGAAGUCGCCAUCGUAGAAGCGCCCGAGGAGAAGGGCCCACCUGCCGGUAUGGGAGGAGGAGGCAUGGGUGGAAUGGGAGGUAUGGGCGGAAUGGGCGGCAUGGGAUUCUAAAUGACUCUCGACGCUCGACGGCCUCUCAGCUAACAUUCUAAUACCCCCUUUCGA